GUCACCGCAUUUGCAGUUAUUAUCGCUUGGGCUUAUUAGAUUUUUUUUUUUAUAGAAAUGUUGAUUGUAUUUUGUUUCUCGGUUUGAGUGGAGCGACAACGAAUUGACGCUGAAGUCGUGGUGAUGAAAUCACUGAUGGGUCAUAGCGUCUCUAAUCUAGCUUUGUCGAUUGUUAUCUCCUAAACCGCUUAAGGAUAAUCUGCCAGUUAAAGGGAGAACGCCUGAAAACGGAUUACGAUUCUGUGGCCAUUUCAGACUGUGGCGCCAAUGGUGGCUACCACAAUUAGUCAAGCCGAUUUCGAAAAGGGGGAUUAGAUCACGUUCAAAAAAUGUCCCGUGAUAUUUAUCACUGCGGCUUGAACUAAUAUCGACGCAAGCUUCUCUCUAGUGUUUUUAAUGUAGUUUACUGUAGCAUCGAAGUUUUGCGGACAGGCGAAGUACGGGACAGUGUGCUAAAAAAGAGUCUAUAGUGUACGCUGAGGACUACUGAAAGAGUGCGACAUCCGUGUUUUAUGUGAAUUCAUUAGAGAAUUUUGCCUUUCAGCGACGAUCGUCUCUGUUCAUUAACAAAUCGAGGUGGAAUUAUAGCUAGAAAAUUGCGGCACCAUUUAAGUCCACCAGGUCGUUGGAAACAUUCACAUACACCUAAGGAUACCAUAACGGAUAUCGUAAGGACGAACAAACUACGCCAAGAUGGAGACGCUGAAUUCAAGGGAGCGACGGAAGUCGUCGCAGGGAUUGAAACUAACAAAAGACCUCAUCGGAACACCGUUUAAUUUCAACCACGUCCAAGGAGUCUAUCGAGAUUCGCCGGAACAAUUCAUUAUCGAAGGAGUUCAUGAUCUCCACUCGUUGGAGAUCCUUCAGAACAACCUAAUCCGAGCGAAUAGACAGAAGGAAAAUUCCAACAGUCUGGCACAACUCACAGCUCACGCUCACGCUCAUAACAACAACAACAGAUCUUUGCAAGAGGACGACGAAGGCUCGGGUGAUUCGGGUGAAUCCGAGCUUGAGUUAAUGAUGUCCGAAGACUUCCUCGAGCCGAGCUCGAAUGGUGCUCCGAAACCUCGAAAGCCCUUACGACGCAAAGUGCUCCAAGGGCCGCAUCAGAAGCGGCGUCAGUCGGCGCCAGUGACUGUUUCGAGUGCUCGCUCGGAAGCAUCUACUGGAGGAAUAUCCAUCGACCGAGACUGCAAUCGGCCAUCGUCACCAGAUCUUGAGCUGCGCGAUCCGGCCUUUUUCGACUCACUGCUGUCUGACAAUGGCUCACCACGAUCCGAACCAUGCUUUUCGUUCAUCUUUGACCCGCCGUACAGUCCACCGCCGCCCUCAUUCUGGAGCCUUCCGAAUUCGGCAUUCUCGAGAGGUGGCAAGCGUCAAGGAUCAACUGACAGCUAUACGACGUCUUCGACCCCGCAUUCUGAUUCACCGUCGGAGUGCGUCUACACCUACGCCGAGUGUGGCAGUACCACGUUGAGUAAUCGAGAUACUCGAUCAUCGUCGUUGUCACUCUCCUCAUCGACGACGCGACAUUCUUCCGAGGACGAAGAGGUCCUUCUAGUUUCGUCAGCGGCCAUUGAUCCUGGUCUUCACCGAUCGUCUCAUGGGCAGUCUGCCCAUUCCCACGUGUCCGGCUUAAAUCCGUCAUCGCACCGCACAUCCCACGCGCCUUCAAUGGGGGCCCGUUCCGCAACGACGAUAGGUUUCUCGGGGCAUCGAGCAUCAUUAAUAGGCGCUGGAACAGCCGCAUUAGGAAAUUCGAUAGGACUGGCGCCGACCAUGACGGCGCAAAUUCCUCAUUUCGCAAAAUGCACUCCACGCAUCACCAAAGUGUAGCUCUCGAAUAUAAUCAUAAUGAUAAUAAUAAUAAUCACUCCCUCACUCACUUCUGUUGAAAUCAUUAGUGCUUUUGAUACAAGUAGAGUUGGACCGCCAUAUAGGUUAUUCUAAGACAAAUCAUGAAAAUCCUGUUCAAGGGAUGUUACGCCGGUAAGAGUACAGUGAGGUGAAGUUGAGACAUCGGAACACUGAUCAAGCUGCCCAGGUUUAUGCAAGCUCAGUUCGAAGGAUUCAAGCGAAUAUAUAACUAUAGCAACAUUUAUAGGGAGCAAAUCUUGUUGAGUGAUACCGUUGCCAUCUGGCGCUUACCUGACGCGACCGCGUACCAAAGUAUAAAGGCAUGGGAUGCAUCGCAAUCAAUGCACGCUUCACAUUUGAAACAUGUUCUUCGACAACGAAUUGUGUCUUCUAAACACUCUAGUUCCCAUACAUAAAAGUACAACAACGGCAACAGAUGCUAUGUGAAUUAAUUAUUGCGGAAGGCGCAGUUUGAAAUGGGUAAUAAUGGCCCUGGUAAUGAAACAAAUGAUUAAUUGAAAAAACGUCACUCUGUUCCGCAUAGAAUAUUGCUUUAUAUGAUGCAAGGAAAACCAUUGUAGAACCCACAAGAUUCUCUCUGGUCUCUUAUACUCCUGACAAGACCCAUUCAAAAUGGAAAGAAUUUAUCGUCACUAGGUGCUGUCACAUCAGUCUGUCAGGUUCGUGUUCUCUGCUUGAUUUUUGAAGCUGACUCUUUUGAUGGACAACUCUAAUAUGAAUGCGCUAGUAGUUCAUCGUUAGUGGAGUGAAAUGUUCAGUUUUGUUAUCGAAGCAUUUGGCGUGUUCCUGCAGAAACCCUGACAGAGCUAACGUGCGGAAAUACGCCUUCAACUUUUCCCCAACUCGAUUUGUCUCUGCCGACGGGAAACUAAGAUAAACGGAUCACCCAGAUUGUAUGUAGCUGUGAUCUUGAUAGCGCGCAACAAGUUGAUGGUCGAUGCUCCAACAAGUAGAUUAUGUUGCCCUGACUAUUAGAUAAAGUAUAGCUUUUACUCAUGUUUACUCGCAAUGCCCUCUAUCGAAUCGCAAAAUAAAAAAAAUGGUUCGGUCGCGAUCUAUUGAUACUUUGUAUGCAAUACCUAUAUAUAACCAACAUACCACUGAACGUUAUUGCGUUGAAAGCUAGACAAGUUAAAUUUGCCAAUAAACAGCUUAUAUAUAUAUAUAUAUAUAUAAAGCGUAUGAUCAUAUUUUUGCACGUCUUAGUUGUUUACAAACAUACAUUUCGCCUAGGCGUGCCUUUUAAGGAGGAGGGCCGCGAUGGUCAAUGGUCUGUUUUCUUUAUGCUAUAUGCGAACGCGUCAAAAUAGAGUGCAAUUGAGCUAUCUACGUAUCGACGUACAGUUGAGCUGUGAUUAGUGCAUGCAGUGUAACCCGAAGAAAGAAACGGACUGAAAGCGAACGAUGUGGCUCGUGUACGCGCGCUGAUUUUAUAGUUGAAAGAAAAGCAGAAUUUCAAAUGGAUUUAAGAGGAAAACAGUGUUGUUGUUCUUGCAAAUGCGUGAUUACUAUCAAAAUAAACAAGAGAUGCUCAAAAAU